AUGAAGGAGGGUUAUGAGUGCGCAUCCUGCCAUCAAUACGGGAAUCUCAAGUGCAAAGCAUGCCACCUGGUCGUCUACUGCGGACGGAGAUGUCAGACUGCACACUGGAAAGAACACAAGAAGUACUGCAAAUCGCCAUUCAUGAAGAUCGACUGGCAGCCUGAAUGGACCAAGGGACACUUUCUGCUCGGAGCUGCCGAGCAUGACGAGAAGCAGCAUUUCUAUGGCAACAUGCCUGCCUUUGAUAUUGUUCAGCUCGCAUCCAACGAAGGCGAGGACUACCAAGGCGAUUUGCGGCUGCUGUUUGCAGCCUCAGGAGACCUCCGAAACGUGGUGAAGACGGUAGCUUCGCUUCCUGAGCAUUACAACGGAUCGAUCUCCGUGGCGAUCAAUGACAGAGACUUCGCGAUUGUUGCUCGCAACAUCAUCAUCUGCCUUAUUGCUCUGACGGUGCCGGAGGACAAUGCCGUUGACUGUAUGAUGCAUCUCUGGUUCUCCACGCUCAUCACACAAGAACAUGCAAAGAUCCUCCGUGAGCUGCAGCUCUUGGUCAAAAGGGGCAUGAGCAAGAUGAAUGCGACAGUGAUCGGAAAUGGAUGCGGCACUUUCAACAUGGACUUGAUGGACGAGGAUUGGGAUCUUCUGCUGGACUAUUUCCAGCCACCGAAUGGUCUGUCAGCUGCGCAGGCUACACAACGACGCAAAGACGCCACGUCCGGUCCUUCCUGUCGACCGCGCCAAGAACGCGAGAUGUGCUGGCAGCUACCAGCUCAUCGUAUCGCGAAUGCGCGCUAUUACGACGACGGCGUCUUUCUGCCUUUUGGGUCAGACCGCAAAGCCUUCGACGUGCCAAAUCCUACGUUCUUCCAAUCCGCUAUCUGGCCCGUCAACGCCCACGCGGACAUCACCGCCGGAUGGUCUUUGCAGGAGAUCAUGGCCCAAAAUUCCUGCCCAGCGACCAAUGACCUCCAUGGAAAACUCUUCUUCCUCAUUCGAGAUUUGCUCAUCAAGUUUCACCGCCGUGUCAACUCCCCGACUCAGGCCACCAAUUUUCACUUUCUCCACAUGGACGCCAUGGCUCUGGACGACCACCUCACGAACGUGUAUUUCGACCGCAUCGAGGUUUCCAACACCUCCGAUUCCGCAUACAUUGGCGUGCCGAGAAUGAUCGAGCAUUUGGCGCCACUAUUGCAACCCCGCAGUGUCAAUCCCCACGCCACCCUCAUCAUGCUGUUUAUGAAGGCCAUCUUCGAAGCACCCUCCCUUCUCGCGAGGGGAGACCAUUACGACGCUGAACAUGAGCUGCUGAAGAAGUACAAGCCUGGGCUGUCGCAAUACACCGCGUGGUUUGAUGUGAAUCUGAUGAUGAAUUUCCUGGCCUCCUUCAUGUUCUUGGACAUGGACAAGUUCUUCGAUGAGUUCUUGAAGGUUCACGAAUUUGCGAAAGCUGGGAAGACUACUGGACUCGCAACCGUUGGGAUGAAGAUGAAGAAGAAGCACACCAUCGUGGAGAAGUGGCCAACGAAGAUGAAGCUCAAGCUGGGUCAGCUCGGAGUCAAGCAAGAACUCAAACUCCUCCGAGCUUCAGGCCUGCGAGGUGACGAGCGAUACGUGGAAUGGAAGAGGACUUGA